CCCGGUGUCUCCGGUGCCGGUCCCCAUGGCGGCGGCGGCGCGGCUGCUGCCGCUGCUGCUGCUGCCGCUGGGCUGGGCCCGGCCCGGCGCCUGCACCGACCCUCUGGGCGGCGGCUGGCUGGCGGGCACGGUGCCGGAGGAACCACGCUGCACCGUGGAGCGAGCCGAUGCCUCCCUCACCUACUCCCUCUUCCUGCAGCGGUUCGCCUUCUCCCGGCCGGUGAUCCUCGGUGGGGUCACGGACAAUUCGGCCUUCCGAGCCCUCUGCACCCGGGAGAAGCUGCUGGCGGCCUUCGGGCCCUUCCCGGUGCGGCUCAGCACGGCCAACACCUACUCGUACCGGAAAGUGGAUGUGCCGUUCCAGGAGUACGUGGAGCACCUGCUGAAGCCACAGGACCCGGCCCGGCUGGGCAGCGACACCCUCUACUUCUUCGGGGACAACAACUUCACCGAGUGGGGCCCCCUGUUCCAGCACUACGUGCCCCCUCCCUUCCGCAUCCCAGGCACCAGCCCCGCCUACAGCUUCGGGAUCGCAGGCUCAGGCUCUGGGGUUCCCUUCCACUGGCACGGCCCUGGUUUCUCCGAGGUGAUUUUUGGCAGGAAGCGCUGGUUUCUGUACCCGCCGGAUCAAACCCCGCACUUCCACCCCAACGAGACGACGCUGGCCUGGCUCCAGCACACCUACCCCACGCUGCCCCCCGCCCAGCGCCCGCUGGAGUGCACCCUGCGCCCUGGGGAGGUGCUGUACUUCCCUGACCGCUGGUGGCACGCCACGCUCAACCUGGACACCAGCGUCUUCAUCUCCACCUUCCUAGGCUAGGGCUGGCAGGGAUGAGGAGACGUCACCACCGUGCCAGCCAGGCCAGGAGCUCCAGCUCCUGCCACCCUCAGGGACAGGACACUGGUAUUGGGACCAACUGCCUGAGAAAGUUCUGGUUUUCACUGGUCUUUGCCCUCCCCUUGGAUUAAAGUUGUUCUACCGAAGCACGGUGUGUGUUGCCACAUCCCUGGAGCAAACCUGGUCCCCAUGGGAUGACACCAAUUCCCCAGCCAGGAUAUCCCCAGAAAUGGCUGCUGUGAACCACUCCAGAUCCUUUUCCACGUUUAUUGCUGAAUUUUUUUAUUCUUUUUAUAUAUAUAUAUAUUUUUUAAUGGACAUUGGCAAACUUCCAGAGGGCACUCAAAAGCCAGGCAGGCCGUCGGCCGACCGAAACGCUGGAAUCUCAGUUGGAUGCAAAUCUGUUGGUUAUUUUUUGUGGGGUUUUUAAAGGAUUUCAUUAAAAGGAAGAAGAACUUGAA